AUGGAUCCCCUAACACGACAGCCUGGCGUGAAGCUUGACGAUGGCACUUAUAUCAAGCCUGAACGUUCCCCAAGUCCUUCUAGAGAGUGUCCGCCCCCCGAUGUAUCAUCAGAAGAACUCGACUUCUUGCUGCAGGGGACCAUACCAAAAGGAGCACCCGUCGCUGCACUAUCCAGCGGUGCGACGAGCUCAAUUCAGAGAACUUGUGAUCCAAAUCAGCGCUUGAACCAGAGUGAACGUUCCGGUGACAAAUCGUCCGACGAAGACAGCGCUGAUGAGAAACAAGACAGACUUGAUAGCCAAGAUUCGGACUUUCAAGUGGACGGUCAAUCCGAACACGACAGCGAUGGCGACCGAGUUAAGGUCAAAGUCGAAAAGUCAAGCGACAGCAAGAACAACGAUCCCCCAGAGGCUGGAACAAAACGAAAGAUUGUCAGGACUGCACGCGAAUACUGGCAGCGUGAGCUACAGCGGGAAAAAGAGCGGGAAAAAGAGGUCGAAGAGAAGAAGCGCAAGCUCAACGACGACGGAAACAGCUCAAAGAAAGCAAGGAAGACAUCAGCCAAGUCAUCGGCUGGCGUAGAUGCGAGGAACCUCGCUGGACUUAUGGCCAACACGCUUCACAGCAUGGACGACAUCGAUGAAAGUUUCGCCAAUGGCAGUGUGCCGAGUAUGGGCUCUAUUCAAGCAAGCUCCAAAAGGGACCAAAUCAGGCAGAUGAUAAACAGCGUCCCUGAAGAUCUCGACAAUCGACAAACAAAGACGCAGAAAGCGGAAUUGAAACAAGCCAUGACCAGUUUCGGCUUUUGCAAUGUUGAGCAAGCUAAUGGGAAAUGGAGGCUUACAGGUAUCAGCGAACGUUUAGAAAGCCACCAACUCACAGCUGCGCAAUGGAUGGUCAAGCGGGAGGCAAUGGAACGAUCACCCGCUGGCGGUAUUCUGGCCGACGACACAGGCAUGGGGAAGACAGUCAGUACACUUGCUUGUAUAGUCAGCCAUCCUCCUGAGCGUGAUGACAUCCGAGAGUUUAGCAAGGCAACAUUGAUCGUGUUACCAAACCGAGGCAUGGUUACGCAGUGGCUGAGCCAAAUCGAAAAGUUCUGCUAUUUCAAAGACGCAUCAGACAGAACCGUUCGCUACUGUAAAGCAGACGGCAAGAAGACACAGUGGUGGGGUAGCCGCUGGGUUGUACUUACUACCUACUCUGAGCUCGUUUCCCAAUCGGUCAAACCAGAAACUAUCAACAAACUCAAGGUCGAUUACCAGGAGGACAAAAAAGGUUUCGGAAAAGCACUGAGCAACAAACUGGGACCUCUGUUCAACAUUCGUUAG